AUGUCCAGCGGGAAUCCACCAGAUCCAACCGGGGGGAACCCAAGUCCUUCUCUUCCCGACUCUCCUUCUAAUGAGCCAACUCAACCGCCAUCAGAGCCGACACAGCCGCCACCGCCCACUACACCGUCACCCCCAUCUCCAACCGUACCGCCCCCGAACCCCCGGCCCCCGCCCCCAGAACCUUCACAGCCUCAGCCUCCACGGCCCACCACAUCAAGACUCGACCCUGUUGCUGCGGGGAGGCUAGGCCACAAUGCCAACUCUCAUGAUAUUGUCCAUCGCGGGCCAUCAAAUGCUUCAUCCGCUUAUUCCAAUGCAAACCGUUCGGACAUAUCGGACGAUAUUCCCGUGCCCGGUGUCGCACCCGGUACGGCGCAAUAUUAUGAUGACCCGUACUACACCGACGGAGCCGGGCAACCUGGAGGUCCUUUCGUGGACAACCCUUAUGGCGCACCACCUGUGAUCCGCGACGUACAAGCGAGACGGAAUACGCGAAUCGAAAAUCCAUCUGUAUUUCCGCAACAAGGGAAUGCGGGAAUAGCGCAGAACUUUUAGGGGCUUCUCGGUUCCUGCCUUUCGACUGUCUUUCCUUGCGUUUAGCCGUGUUUUUCUUCUUUCUUUAUUUUUACAUUGUAGUCCAUUCUGCUAGUCCCUCCCCGUUUGAUUUUGCUUUUUCUAUUUACCAUCCUACUUGGAACACAUUAUCCACCUGGUCUGGAGAGUAGAUCAUUUCCGCCGCCACUUACUUUUUUCCCUUACCUUCCUUUCCCGGUCCGUCUCUGGCCUAGGUCAAUAUGAACGAACGCCUUCCCCCAUUCUAAUUAGGUCUGGGGCUUUUACCUUUUCUUCAGCGAAAAAGCCUCGAAAGUAGCCGCAUGAUUGCAAAACUAAGUCGAAACGAAUACCCAACUUCCCCGCCUCAGAGGAACAAAAAAACCAAAAAAAAAAAAAAAAGGCCAAUUAAUAGGCACCUCUUUGCAUGACAUACCGAUAUCCAUCCUUAAUCGAUUGAUACCGCUUCUAAACCUCUUCAAAAGCAAGUAUACCAAACCCAUAGUACCUGGACCCUCCUUUUCCUCUCGCGUAUCUCGUUUACCUUUUUGCUACAUAUCCUUCUCAUCUACAGAAUUUUAUAUAUAUAUUUUUCCCCCAAUUAUCUAUCUCCCUUCUUUUGUUCGGCCUGGCUGCUCCUAAUUUCUUUUUAAAUAUAACUGUACCUAUCUAUAUCCAACACACAAUUUAUUACUUCCAACCCCUUUUAUUUCCUUUUGCCCUCAUACGCCGUCAUCACCAUCACAAUCGGAACCGUUCUACUAUGCCUCAUUUCAAUCUUCUCUUCCAAAAGUCAUCCACCGCAUUUCCCCUCUCAUGUUUUAACAUGUAUCACCUCGUCUCGUCCCAUCUUAAUACCUGGCCCCGUCUUUGCUUUGUGUUUGCCUCUCCAUUGAUUUUUUUUUUUUUUUUUUUUUUUUGUAUCUACGAGUAUAUUCCCAUUAUUUAAAUAGUAAUGAUUUGAUUCGGUUUUUACACUCAUCUCUAUAUGUAUUCAAAAUACCGCACCGGGCACUCCCGUUCCCCCAAGUCUCUUGUAUAAUUCUCAUCAAUCGCAUAUAUGUUUGUUUAUAGUAUCUGUCUGGUAUAAUAUAUCGUAAUAGUUCCAAUAUCAGUCCAUGAUAGCAUAGCGUCGUACGAAAGAAAACAUCACCCCCGGGACCGCGAGCACGUUCGAUACAAUUUCACUACCCGUCAUGAUUAAACGAGGUUUGAUUCCCGAUGAAAGAAUGGAGCCCGACGCGGCUUUUUGAAAACAAUUGACUUUUUUCUUUUUCUUCCCCUCUAACCCUAGGAUGAAAACUAGCCAGGUGCGUGUGUAAGUAACUCUACAGUUUUGCAUGUGUUGGUUAGUUAAUCAUAAAAAGUGAGAUAGAUGAUGUAAAUAAUCUGUCUGCUGAGCUGGGUUUGCGUUUGUGUUCAGUUUCUUACACCCAUUCAUUCCCUGUCAAUGUUAAUGUAAAAGAGAAAAAGAAACAUAUCAUAAGUUACCUAGAUAGUAGACAGUCAGAGGAGUGAAAAUCAUUCAGUGUAACUAUGUAUAUCAGUAUGCACAUCCUUGUUCGUUAUUUCAAGAAUGACCUGUGUAGUUACAUAAUGUCUGCUAAGAUCCCAUGAAGAGACCACUUUAUGUAAAUAAUAAUGAAUGUAUCAACCCCUGAUGU